AUUAGAAUGAAAGGAUCAUCAACAUAUAUGACUAGAUAAUUCCGGCUCAUUUCAAAGACAGACUCUUUCAAGUGGUAAAGGAAAUAGCUGGGGUAUUUUGCCAAAAGUCCCUACUACAGUUGCUAGAUGAGGAGAAAUUUUACCACCAGUGAUCGUUCAUAAUGAUGACCAUCAAUCCAAUUUAGGAACAAACUUCGCCGUUCAUCUCUCUUCAAGAAUCUGGGGUAAGCCAUAAGAUCCCCCCAAUAAAUAUCAAGGUUGUACGACUUUAACAACGUUUUUUCCUUGGCAAAUUUAGCCAGAAUCCUCAAGUGCGGCUUCGAAACCCCUAGAUGCCGAAAUGGACCCAUCUCAACGCGUUUCAAAACGUUAGUAACGGAAUAAUCUCCCAAGUAUAUCUACUUUCGUCCUUCUCCGAGGCCUUUACCGAAGAACUUUAUUUCCAUAUCAAUAUAUAUUAAUUCGUCUCGAACUUUUAUUGGCGGAAAAGUGGGCGAAGCAUCUUGGCUCUCAAGCACCCCACAAGAGAUAUCCCGGAUCAUUCUGGAAUCUGGAUGUACUCGAGUAGAUUAGGGAUUCCCCUCCAGGAACAAUGGUGAAGCCGCACCAAACUUGAAGCUUUAUCCUCUUGCGGACAGCUGCAUAUUACAAUUUGCUCAGAAAGGUCCUGCCAAUCUACCAAGCGCAAGGUCUCCCCAGACAAUGAAUCCUUCAAUUUCUUCUGAUGUUUUAUACGAGUUAGCGCGUGUACCUUUGAUAUGUAUAUUGGAUUUUGUAUAAAUACGAGUCCCAUUCGCUGUUACCUUUUUCUUCAUCCAAACAUUCUACACACAAUCAAGUAUCCUUCAACUCCAUCAUCAUGAAAUUCACUCAGUCCUUAGUCUCAUUAGCCUUGGCAACCAUUGCUGUCGCCUCUCCUACCGCCAUCGUCGAUAAGAGAGCUACAACAAAAUGUGGGCAAUGGGAUACUUUCCAAACCGGAACUUAUACCAUCUACCAAAACCUCUGGAACAUAACCGGUUUCACCGGGUCUCAAUGCACAACUCUCACUUCCGACACGAGUAAUACUCUUGUCUGGUCCACUGCCUGGUCGUGGGCAGGAGGAUCUUCUCAAGUCAAGUCCUAUGCAAACGUAGGACUUACCAUGUCACCUAAGGAGGUCUCUACCAUUAAAAAGAUCCCAACUACUUGGAAGUGGAGGUUUGUUUCGUCCGAGCUAUUCAAAAAAAACCUAGCUAAUCAUGACUCCUUCUAGCUACACUGGCUCCAAUCUCGUUGCUGAUGUAUCCUAUGAUUUAUUCUCUUCAGCUAAAGGAUCUGGCGCUGCGGACUUCGAGAUUAUGAUCUGGGUCGCUGCCCUUGUAAGCAUCUACUGCCAUUGUCCUAAUUUAUGUAAUGUUACAAAUGCUAACGUCUACUAGGGUGGUGCAGGACCAAUCUCAGCAACCGGAAAACCUGUUGCAACUGUAACCAUCGCCGGAGUGUCAUGGAAACUCUACACCGGACUCAAUGGCUCCACUACAGUACAUUCUUUCGUCGCAGCUAGCUCAGUUACCAAUUUCUCUGGUGACUUGAAGGAAUUCCUUACUUACUUGGUCUCAAACCAAAAGUACCCAGCCACCCAAAAACUUACAACAAUCCAAGCUGGUACCGAACCAUUCACUGGUAAGUUCAUUCCUUGAUCAUUUAGUUGCUUGGAAGCUCACACAAAUCAGGUUCCAAAGCUACCUUCAGCACCUCCGCCUACAGCGUCUCCUUGAGUUAAACCCCGAACAGGGACAUCAGAGAAGCCCUGCAGAGGCUUGAUAGGUUCCGCCGUUAGAAAUAUGCAUGCAAUGAUAUGAUUGAGAAGAAGCUUUUUGUACAUAACUUUCCCUUCAAUGGCCAUUUUGAAAAUAAAUGGCAAUGUAUAUAUUUAAAUAGU